AGAAGAAGAUUGUUCCACUAUGUGAAGCGGGAAACUUUGCGAGAGUCUCAUAUAGACCGCAAACUGCCGAUAAAAUCGAAGCAGCAGCAGCAGCAGCAGCAGAAGAAGAAGCAGAAGAAGAAGCAGAAGAAGAAGCAGCAGCAGCAGCAGUUGUUGUUGUUGUUUUAGUAUUAGUAUUAUAUCUUGUGAAUACAGUAAUAGUGUGCGCCGUUUUGUCGGCGUCUUCUUCCUCACUGUUGCCGUUAUGGAAGGACGAUGUACUGUUGAGACCUGGGCAGAGCUUGGCAUUUCGAGCUCACCGACGUGUUUAGUUAAUUUUGGGACAGAUGUUUUCCUCUGCACUGGCAGCGACGAAGUUUAUGCAUUUAAUACUCAACAAAGAAAACUUACGGCUGUUCUUCAGUUUCCUGGACCUGUGAAUGACCUGGUUGAGAGUUAUGAUAAACAGGUCCUCUUUGUACCCUGUAGGAGUGGAGUUUACAGCCUCAACUUACAAUUUCUUCUGUCCAGGUUUCAAAGCUCCCAGGCAUCCUCCUGUCCAGUUGAACUGAAAAUACCCUCAGAGUUUCUUGUUGUUAGAGAAGAACGAGUUUUAUCCCUGAUCCAUGUGGGUUCUAUACUCCUGAUUCUUUCCCAGACAGACACAUCCUGGCUGUUUAGCCUCUACAAAACAACAAAACAAACACCAACGAGCAAGUAUGAGAUCCUCAGUUCCAUUAGUCUGCCACAUGUUGCACAAGAAGACAAUGAGUUGAAGGGAUAUGUAACAAGGAGGCCAGUAUUGGUCUGUGUGUAUUCUGACAAUACAAGACCCCCAUAUUUAUCUUCCACUUCCUCAAAGGAGGCAAAGACACUUAACCAAUUUCACCUCGAGCCUGUCCUAUUUAGAAAUCUGUUUGGGAUUGAUUCCGCCCUGGUCAAAUCACCUGUUAUUCUUUGUGGCCUGUCAGAUGGACGCUUGUGUUUUCUCCCUCUUCUCCUACCUGGAUUACAGCUCAGAGUCCUGCAUCAUCUUGAGCAGCCAGUUGUAUUUGUUGGCGCAUCUGUUGUCAUGAAAACAAGUCCAGCACAUGCACAGUGUUUGGUGGUAGUGGGUGAACUAGGGAGAGUUGUGGUUAUCAAAAGAGAAAAGAGUGUGGCAGAGGGAAAGUACAAUACAGUUAGUAUUACAGAAGGAUGUCUACCGGGGCCUGUAGUUUGUGGCUGUGUUGACAAACACAAUCUUUACUUUAGCACUGGUUCAGACCUGUUUCUACUGGAGCUAUCAGAUGGAUCACAAGGAUCUGAAAGCCAACAUAGGAAUGAAGAGACAUGUGGUGCCCUGAAAAGCCACACCAGUUUAAAUGUAUGCAGAGUCAUGAGUUUGGCUGAACCUGUAUGUGGCAUUGCAGGUGAAGUUGAGCUGCUGGGAGUGUCCGUCAGAGGGCAGCUCCAAAGGAUUACCUUACCUGCAAGGACUGAGGUGGGCUGUGUCGUCAAUGACCUCUUGCCUGCCAUUGGAGAUGUUUGUGAAAGAGCAUCCGCAUUGGAAACAUCCAUCAAAUCUAAAAAACAAAUCCUGGUUCACCUAAAUCACGUCCUUAAUAUUGGCAUCUUGCUAAUUGCCAAUCAAAACAGUGAAAAUAAUUUACCUGAAGAAGAGAAACCAAUCCGAUGUCAUGCCAUACUGAAUUGGAACAGACUGCUUCAGAAAGAAUCUUUAAACCUGACCUGCGUUCUAAACAAUUCAAGUCCUUAUAUUUUGCAACAGGGCUGGACACUGAAUCUGGAUGUAUGUCCUCUGUCCACAUCUGUCAGCACUGGAGGGGAGAGCCAUUCUACAACCUUUUCACUCCCAUUCUGCAAUCUGCACCCAGGGCAAACAAUAAAAGUAUCACUGCCCCUGGCAAUCGCAGAGGACAAAUCAUUUCCCGUGAUGGUCAACUGCUCACUCAUCUUCUCACUUGCAGGUCUGCUAGGAGAGGAGCAGUUACUAAGUAGUUGCAUCAGUUUGCCCUUGAACACCCUGCUUGUUGACUGGCUACAUGUCCUGCAGGUGGACUGUCCCACUGCCUCCCAUAGAACCACAAUCUCUCAAUACAGCAGUGGCACGAAGGAUAUCCUCAAAACUUUUCUGAGCUCUCAACAUAAUAGGUGCAGUGGAAGAGGACCAGAGGAAGUAGAAGGUGUUUUGAAGCAAAAGGAAGAGCAGUAUUCCGCAAAUGUACAUGUGUCAUUAAACUUGCUGAGGGAUACACAGGUGUUGAAAAGCUCACACAUAGACCUAAGUCACAGCAUUUCUUUGUUGGACUGGUUGUUGUUUGAAGAGCAUGGAGGAGUGAAAAUGGGACAUCAAUGGGACAAGACUACCUACAGCAGUGCAGUGGUCCGUGCACAAGCUUCAAAUGGCGACAAAAUCAAACUCAUUGCAAGAAAGGUAAAUGUGGGGAAGGAGUGUUUGGAAAGGGAGGAGUCGCCCUCUAUUUUGGAGGUUCAAGUCGAAGGCAAAUCCAUAGAGGCAGUUCGUGGACUGCACCAUGCUGUACUCAACCGGCUCCUGACCCUGUUGCAGAAAGCUUCCAGGACGUCAGCUUCUGCAAGGGGGGUCUACAGGUUAGGUUUAAGGUCAGCACUGCACCAGGCUGAGCAUGUGCUAAAACAGAUCCAGCAAAGCAGAAUCUUAAAGGCAGAAUCUUUUAGCGCCUCCCCAAGGCAAAUGACUCGUUCCGUGACUUAUCAAGAGCUUAAAGGAAAUUGUCUUUUAUAAUUUAAGUUUGCAGGGUUUUUUUGUUUUUUCCUUUGAACUUCUGUUGUGUAAUUUUCUUUGCAUUUAAGAAAUAAUGCUUAUAAUGAUUAUAUUGUAAAUAAACCUUGUAUCACUGUACCAGACAAUUUAUGAAAUUUAUGGAAAUACCUUGAUAAGAUAUAUAUAACAGAUUUGUUGAGAUUUUUAUGUCUUUAUAUAUUUUUUCUUUUUAUUUCGUUUAAAUCAAAUAAACAUUUUGUUGUGCUUGUUCUUUUGCUGCAGUUUAAAUUGUAUUUGAUAGAUGUAGCACCCUCUGGUGGCUUGAAUAGUUGUGUGCCAGGAAGUAAGAUAAGAACCUUUUUAAUAGUCCCACAGUGAGGAAAUUACCUAAGUAAGUUUCAUUCUGUGUAGUAGGCUGUACGCGGUUACAGUUUGUGAUUAUCGAUCUUCCUGUCUGUACAAUGGCAUCUUUUCACCUUUUCAACAUUAUUAAACCUGUUAAUAAGAA